UGCGUUUUACACGUGCUUUACCAUGCGUCAUACUAUGGACUGCAGUCUACUCGUGUCCGACUCCAAGUCAGGAUGCCAACAUCACUUCAGACGCCCUCCAGCUGCUGGACCAGGGACGCUGCCUCUUCAGAUCCAUCCUGCCGUCAGAUACAGCUGUGCAGUCUUGGCAAUUCAAAAGACCUAUCCUGGGAACCACGCUUUGCCCUGCUGAAGAACCUCAUAGUCAACAAGAGGGCACGCAAAACAGUGAUGUUCUACUGCUCCAUGCUGCUGCUUCAGCUGCUCCCCAUCUUUCUGAAGAUAGCCUCGGAUGCUCUGUGGGAACUGGUGGGUAACAUGGCAAUGGUCCGUUCGCUGGAUUACCCUGGAGACUGGAUAUCGGCAGGGACCCUACACAUCAUGCUGCUGGUGAUGCUUCAGGUCCCUCCUUGCAUUAAUCCACUCAUCUAUGGUUUGCGCAACAGAGAGGUGAGGGAAUCUCUGCCAAGGCUGCUGUGCUGGAGGAGAAACAACCGUUAA